AUGACUGUGCCAAAGCCAGUUACAUUAGGAGUGCUUGCCCUUCAAGGAGCGUUUAGAGAACACAUCACCUAUUUUAAAUCCGUUAUUCAACAGAGUGAAGAAAAAUACUCUAGUUAUUCUAUCAACAUUAUUGCAGUUAGAACCAAAGAAGAGCUUGAGAAUUGCGAUGCGUUGGUGAUUCCAGGUGGUGAAAGCAGUUCUAUGUCAUAUAUUGCAGAAAGAACAAACUUGCUUCCGCAUUUGUACGACUUCGUUUCUGAUGAGUCAAAGUCCAUUUGGGGUACUUGUGCCGGUUUGAUUUUCCUCGCAAAAGAGAUUAAAAAUGCCGUUGAAAAUCAGACAUGCUUGGGAGGUUUAGAUAUUCAAGUUAGUCGAAAUGCCUUUGGUCGACAAGUUGAUUCAUUUGAACAAAAUUUGGAUUUUAGUGGAUUUAUACCUGGAUGCGAUAACUUUCCCACGGUGUUUAUAAGGGCGCCAGUUGUGACCAAGAUAUUGGAAAAUGAGGAACUUGGUGGAUCAGCUUCAGACAAGGUAGUGAGGUCAAAGAACCAUUAUGUUAAUAAAGCCCCAGUUGAAGUAUUGUACAAAUUGCAUAACUACGAUGGGGAGAAAAAUGAACUUAUUGUAGCAGUUAGACAGGGUCGCAUACUUGGCACUUCUUUUCAUCCUGAAUUGUCAGACGACAAUAGGUUCCAUCAAUGGUUUAUAGAUGAGUUUGUUUUGUAG